CAUUGACAAAUUGACAAGUCAAAAACAUCAGCUGUGAAGUGUUUUUUUUCUACGGAAACUUGCUAAAAAUCUUUGUAUUUUGGUUUUUUCAAAAUUCUUCUUUUUAACACGAGAAAAGUUGAUUUUCUUGCAAAUCACUAUAACCAAUAACUAUCCAGGUAACAAUGCCAAAGAAAUUCGCAGGCGAAAAUAGCAAGGCGGUAGCCGCUAGGCAGCGCAAAGAAAAUGAGAAGGUGGAGAAAGAUCAAAAGAUGAAGAAAAUGAUUGAAGACGCAGAGUGGAACGAUAGUGACGAUCGAUUAAAGAAGAAGCAGCAGAAAAAAGAAGAUCAAGAAAAGAAGCGCCAAGAGCAGUUACAGAAGAAGGCAGAAUCCAAGGCCCUUCUAGAGAAGGAGAUGGAAUCUAUAAAGGGAAAGACUGCCACUCAGCCACUGGCCAAGGUCACACGGGCACAAAUCACCCAAAUGAAAGAGAAGAAUGUCAAAACUGAUCCAGAGAAACCUGUUCCUGCGAGGGUGGUGAUUGAAGAGCCUCCACUGGUGGAGAAUUUAAACAGACUGCAGAUUGAUGGUGAAGUGGCUCAGACUGUUGAUGAGGCUCUCUCUAUUCUCAAUGAAAAAAGUGAUGGAGACAGGCAUCCCGAAAAACGUCUCAAGGCAGCCUUCACCACAUUCGAAGAAGUCACUCUGCCGAGGUUAAAGGCAGAAAACCCCACUCUGAGGCUGUCACAACUCAAACAAUUGCUGAGGAAAGAGUGGCUGAAGUCACCACAGAAUCCUCUGAACCAAAAUGCGUAGUCACUGUCAUAUACAAAUCACGCACGCCAUAUUAAUUGUCACAACUUCAUCAUCAUCAAUUUUUGUGGCCUACUGCAGGGACAGAGUCUAUAGGGGAGACCUAGACCCAACACUGCUCUAAUGGGAUGAGCUUUGGCUUUCUACUUGUUAAUGUGCGUGCAUAAGAUUGUCUGUAAGUGUAUGCACUAGUAGGAAAUAUUAACCAACUGGGAAAAUUGCAUUUGGUAAGCAUAGACAAAAACAUCUCUUAACAUAUGCAGUACUUUAAUGCAUAUAUGAUGUGCACGCCUCUGGUUGAUGUUUUAACUUUGUAACAUUAACUAUUAGAUGUUAAUGAACAUGACUGGGAUUGUUCGCUCAACAUGAAUAAAUACAAUGACUUUGACUCCAGGCUAAAAGAGAGAUUCUCUAAAGAACAAAAAUCCAAUAGCAUAGCUCAGGGCUUGAACCUAAGACCUCAUGUUCUGUAACCACAUAUGCUAACCACUGGACCAUAGAAGUCACAUAAGUCAUGAAUCAUCUGCAUUAUUUUAUUAUGGCGUGUAAGUGUCAAGAGCUUUUAACAAUUCAGAAGUUUAAUGAAACUUCAUUAAAUUAUAUUUAUGCUAAGUUUGGCUAAGGUUUUUGUUUAAAGUAAAUUGUGUUGGGAGUUCCAAACCUGUCUUUUAAACAAUUAAACUGAAUAGUUAUUUAAUGGGUUUAUUCAACCCUUUAAGUUUAAGGCAUUGUUAAAAGAAUAACAAAAAAUAAUCAUUCUGAAGUUAUAUAUUUAACCUCUAAGUCUCACUAAAUACUAAAACUAUGUAAUAAAUAAAUUAUUGAAAAUUA